CAUGUUUUCAAUCAUUACCAAAAUGAUAUUUAAAAUGGUUUUUAAAGAUAUUUUAGGCUCUAAAACGUCCUGAAAAAUGGGUCCCAACGAAGUCGAUGGAUCAUGUGACUAUCACAUGAGCGUCAUGUGACUGUCACAUGACCCUCAUGUGAGAGUCAUGUGACAGUCAUAUGACCAACGUAAAAAGUAGCGCCAUUUGCAAAAUAAUUUGUGUAGAACGAUGUUGCAAUAAAUUUUUGCCUAUUAUUUAUAAUUCAGACAAAAUGCCGAGUUUAUUCGAGACGUGUGACAAGCUAUUUGAUUCCAAGAACUUCUAUGAAGUGUUUUCGAUCCCCAAAACUGCUUCUGCUAGUCAAGUGAAGAAGUCAUACCAUAAAUUGUCACUGAGAUGUCACCCUGAUCGUGUCAGUAUCGAGGAUAAGGAUGAGGCUACAGAGAAGUUCCAAACUAUUGGCAAAAUCUACUGUAUAUUAUCAGAUGAAGAAAAGAGGAAAGUGUAUGAUGAGACAGGUGAAAUUGAUGAAGAGAACGACAUCCCACCAGAUCGAGAUUGGUAUGAUUAUUGGAGACUGGUGUAUCACAAGAUCAGUCCGCAAGAGAUUGAAGAAUUUACAAAGGAAUAUCAAGGUUCCGAUGAAGAACUGGACGAUCUGAAAUCUGCAUACAUGGACUUCGAAGGCAACAUGGAUGAAAUCCUAGACAAUAUCAUGUGUUCAACGAUAGACGACGAGCCGAGAUUUCGAAAGAUCCUUACAAAGCUGAUCAAGAAGAAAGAAUUACCCGAGUUUGAAGCUUUUUCAAACGAGAAAAAGAAAACUCAAAAGGCUAGGAAAAGAAGGGCUAACACAGAGGCUGCAGAAGCUGAGCAACACGCGAAAGAUAUCGGCCUCGUCUCCAGUGAUGGUGACGUGUCUCUCAUGGCGAUGAUUAAAAAAAAUCAAGCAUCGCGGGAACAACAAUCUGACAAUUUCUUUUCAAUGUUGGAGAAAAAAUACUCAAAACCCGAAGCGAAAGCAGGUGGUAGCAAGAAGAAGGAGAAGAAAUGAUAGACAACUCCGUCUUCGAUUUGCUAUUUCAAAGAACAGAGUUCAAUUUUAUAUUAUAAAAACAUAAGAUGGCCGUCUGUUGAUUUCAAUAAACUUCGUUUAGCUCGAUAAACUGCAUGAAUCAAAUUACCUGGCCUGCUAAUGCAAAGGUUCGGGGUUUGUUGAAUGGAGAUGCUCAGUUGAGUUGUUUGAUAAAGCAUAAAGUUGUCAUGACAUGAACUAAUACAGUAGAACGUUACCUCUCUAUAAAGGACAUCCUCAGGACUUACAAGUGCUCUUUCCCUCAGGGAGCGGUGUCCUGAUUGGAGAGGUCAAACUGGAGGGAAACAACCGAUUUUUGACCAAAACUAGUGUCCCUAAUAGAGAGGUUGUCCUUAAUAGUGAGGUGUCCGCUAAGGGAGGUUCCACUGUACUUUGGAUUUGUCUGUAUAUGCUCGGAAAGAAUUCCAUGUCCUAUCUUUAUUUUGUAUGAUUGUGAAAUAUUUUGUGCUCUUAAAUAUGUAUUUAAUAAAUCUCUUAUUAUCUUAAAUGAUUUGAAAACUUCCUUAUCAAGCCGAAGUUGAGCAGAUUUUGCCUUUGUCUAAAGAAUUUUAGUUGUCUCUCAUUCAGAGAUUCCUGAUCCUGGAAUUGGUUCAACAGAUUCCUUCUUUAAAUUCGGUAGUUCCACUUUUUUUAGCUCAGAUGGUGCCAGCUGGGGUCUUGUCAAAAUCAUUGGUCUACCUGAGGCUGAUGAGGAAAGUCACGAAACUCCAUGGUGGCCCAGAAAGGUUUUCCCUUGCACAAUAGAAUUCUAUUGUGUAUCCAUUGUGUGAGGUAAAAAAAUUCUGGGCCACACUCGUACAUGAACUUGUCACCCAGUUCAAGACAUCGGAGCGAAAGUGAGAAAAACGAGAAUAUUUCUGUUUUCCACCGCAAGGGGCCUGUGUAUUUUACCGU